AUGCUGAACCCCAAGAGUGACGUCAUCAUUCCGAAGCCAUGUGCACGACCAGUGCCAAAGAUUAUGCACUUCAUCUGGCUCUGCUCACCACUCUCCGAGACUCGAGCUAGCCAUGUUCAAGGAUUUGCCAUCCAGAAUCCCAAAUACCGCAUCUUCUUCUGGACUGACACGGAGAUUCCCCUUGCAUCCAAGAAGGUCCUAGAGAAUGGUACGUCAGCACGUCAUGCAGGUCCAAUUGAGUUCAAGGAUGCAUAUGCAGAGGCACAGUCUUUCCAAUCUCUUCGCCUCAUCCGUCACCUGGACAAUUUUCAUGAGGACAACCGGAAUCCAGGAGUUUGCGCCCUGAAGUCACAUUUCUGGCGUCUGGAGGCGCCACUGAAGUAUGGUGGUAUAUACAUUGACAUGGACCACGUUGCAACCCGUGGCUUCGACGAAGUUGGAGGCGCUGAGCUGUGGAGAUGGCCUUUUGUCACCCAUAAGGUAUGUGGUGCAAACAUCGGCAACCACAUCUUCAGCGGUGAUAAAGGCUCCGGGUUCUUGGACUUUGCCAUCAAGGUCAUUAUGGAGCGCUGUGAAAAGCUCAGCUCCUGCAAUGUCUUGGAAGGGACGGGGCCGCCCCCGUUUGCCAUGAGCGUUUUGAGAUACAACGCCUCCGACAUGGCCUUCAUUGGGGACUCGAUCAAUUCUUCGGCCACACGGGCAUUGCGUCGCACAGGGCAGAGCAUUCCUGGCGCUGAUGAGAAAGUUAGUGACUCCCGACAGAAGCGAUGCUGGGGACGUGCUGGAGAGGACAAUGCGCUUUUUGGAGGCGAGAGAGACAAGCAAUCCUCAGGAUGCAACGCAUCAGGUGCUGAAGAACUACAGCGAUUGGUGGUGUGGUGGUCAGAAAAACACAAAGAAGUUGGCUAUUGCAGAGACGGGUACACUGGAGGUUCUCUACGAGCACAUUGCGAAGAUGUACGAGCUUGGAGCUCCGCUGACUUUAGGAGAAACUCGGACCGAGCAAUUCAGCUUCUUCCAGGACAUCGAGAUUCGGGGCAACAAAGACAACAAGAUCGAUUACCGAGACAUUGCCGGUCCGGGGAGCGCCUUCCUCCGGCUUCUAGGACGGAUCAUGGCAGAGCUCUACCCAGGGAAAAAGCUGCAGGUGAUUGUCCUGGAUGCCUCAGGUCUCAGCUACAAAUUUGGCAUGCAGCACACGCUGGUACGCCUGGUGUGGCAGCUAUCAUCUGGCCCGCCGCGCCCUUAUUGCUUGUGGGCACUCCCGGGAACGACUCCAUGCAGAACAUCGUGGUCAACUCGGAACGAGCCUUCCGCAUCGUAGACUACAUGGUGCUGAAAGUCAGCCAGUCCACAGACCCAGACAUCACGGAGAUAGAGCGAAGAGCCACGACGCUUUCCACUGCGAACAUUUGGAAGACCAUGUUUGCCUGCGAAGAAAACUAUGGAAAGAGGACAGCCAUCCGGAUGACUCUCAACGAUGAUGUGUGCGACCCUCCAAUGCUAAGGCCAGAGAAUCGGCCUUUGAAGCCUGUCUUCAUCCACCAAUUCUCCAAGCAGCUCAGUGGUUCGCAGGCUGGCGAGGAGCUGCAGCUGGAGCCGUACUGGUCCUAUGAGGAGGAGGUUGCAGCAGGCACAACGAUGAGCACCGAGGAAUACGCAAAAUUCGUGGAGAUGACGACCGUUCGUCAAGCAAGCGGCCAGGUACAUGAGCCAAGGUGCCGAGGAGCCAGGGUGGCAAAGCCAUAUCAUGCUGUCAUGUCGCAGCCCUCGGAGCCCAUUGGCCUGAUCCUAGAUUCAGAGGAUCCUCGGUAUUGCUGGGUGCCAACUGAAAUCCAAAGAUGCAGCGACUUGGUGGAUGGCAGCCAGUGGAUAUCUGCGCUGGAGCAGCAGCUCCAGGCAGAACCUAAACCUUCCCGCCAGUUGAGAAUGACAGUUAGCGAAGGAGACAAUCCUCAGUUCUGGGCAGCCGGAGCUACGCUGCGUGCUCGCAACGAUGCUCUGCGCAAAAUGCAGCCACCUGCGAGGAAGCUAACACUGCUGACCCAACAUGAGGUGCUUUUCUGGUUCAAUGUUGGGCCGGGAAUUCAGAAGCGUGAUCGAGUCUACGUCACAGAUUCCAUUUGUCCACAUCAGGGAGUGUGCUUGUUGGAGGGCGAGCUGAAGGAUGUCGAAGAUCUCGCCAACCAGCGACAGGCUAUGGUGCGAUGCCCGCGACACAACAAGACGUUCGAUCUUAGGACUGGCGAGUCCAUGGGCAAUUGCGAACGCCUCCGAGUCUAUCCUGCAAAGUUUCACCAGGGACGAUACUAUGUUCAAGUGCCUGUGUCUGAGACAAACGGCAUGCUCCAGGUCCUUCCUGAGACGUGCCUCGCAGCACAAGAUGAAGAUGUUGAGAUGAUGGAGGAGCCGGACACAAAGCGGCCGCGGUUUUGCCUACCUCCAACUCCGGUGACCAAUGCCAUACGUACAACCAGGACGCUCGGUGCACCUAUCACAGAUUGGGAGCAGCCAAAGUACAAGGGCGAACAGCGGACAAUGACACGAUUUCAGGAUCAGAGCAGCGCACCGGCUCGCCAAGGAGCGCACAUCAAGUUGCGCACCGUGGCUGGCAGCCCUGAUCCCGGGGAGCGAGCGCGCAGCUGCAAGGGCCCCGGUCCUGCUCGAAAUGAGGAGCCCAUGAAAAUUAUUGACCGCUCUUUCCCUGGAGACAUGGAGGAGUUUAAGUCGAAGAUCGAAGGGGCCCUACAAGGGCAGGAUGGCAACACGGAAAUGGACUACGACCAGGAAACCGUCAUCUGGACAAGCACAAAGGGAGCCACAAUCGUCUUCAGGCAGGCCAAUCACAACGUCCGCAUCCAAGCGAAGGAGGGUCUCUGCCGCGUGUACCUAAACGCUUGUCCUUUCCUCGAAGCCGCUGCUCGAGGUGCAGCAGAUUCCGCAAUGGAGCGAGGUUCAACGCGAGCGGCCACCAGCAUUCGACUUGGGGGCACGAAUGCUUAUGCCGGUUCCAGAGCUCCCAGCCAGGCCUUCGCGCCCAAAGCCAGCAGCGCCGCAGGCUUUUCGCGGCCAAUGAGCCUGGCUGGUGGCGCCAGCGCAGUCGCGGGCCGCGCAGCUCCUUCAGCGAAUAGCCAACUGAAGCCGCAGGUCCCAUACAAUCGUGUCGUGACCAUUGAAUUUGAGCCGGAGUCUGAAGGCGAGCUCAGACUCUGCCAGAACGAGACGAUUCAGGUAAUUCAGGAUGAUGGCGACGACAAUUCCUUGGAGAGAUGGGUUUGCGGCAGGAACCUCGAGACUGGGGCUGUGGGAUGGUUCCCAUUGAAUAACACUCGACGAGCGGACCAGGCUGCCUGA